AUGCGUAGAGUGUUAGUGCUAGUAGCUUUCGUGGCUGCGGUGACGGCGUUGCCGACUGAAAUACCGGAGCCGGCACAGCUGGCUUUGGUUCUCGGCGAAGAGGAGUUUGAAGACUAUCUUGAUGUUUGGCUGCAACUUGAACAGAACAAAGCAGCUAAUGCCUCUUUUUAUGAAGCUGGUUCCAGAAGCGGAUGUACGUUCAGAAUAAAUGGCGAUCUUGGUCAACCUCAGCCGGUUUACAUCCGAGGCAACAGAUAUUUGGCUCCUAACGGCAACACUGGUCAGAUCCGCCUCAACACUGGUGAACAAGUCGUGAUCGCUUGCACUGGCUCUGGAAGGACUAUUCGACACCCUAAUAUUGCGGCUUCGAGAAAUGUUGCUACAGCAACAUGUGUCAGCAACAACCUCGUCUCUGGCUCUGGUUGGUUGAAUGGGAACGGAGCCUUCGGUCAGCUCACGUGUUCAGCACACUCAAACGAAGAGGCUCAAUGGACUACCACUCGCUGCUGGAAUAAUAAUCUUGUCAUCCGUGUUGGGUUCAUUGUCAACAAUGUGUUCCAUCCAUUGUACUGGUCUUGCUUCAAUCAAAACCGCCUAGAAGUAUUGUAUGUCUGGUAUGACCAGACUCGUGAAAAUGCGGUUCACCAAACUGGUGUUGACAGACCUAACUGGCAAGCUGGAAGCUUCUUCCCUGGUGUUGCUGUCAACACUAUGUAUACUCAAAACAACCAGAGGACUGUCGUCACCCGAUAUGUUGGAGCAAAUUUAGCUAACCAGUAUAUUACCAACCACCAGUUCAUGUCUCGUGGUCAUCUUGCUGCUAAAAGUGACUACGUCUUCGCUACUGGCCAAAGAGCGACUUUCUUUUUCAUCAAUGCUGCUCCUCAAUGGCAGCCAUUCAAUGCUGGUAACUGGAACUCGCUAGAACAGAACCUCCGCGCACGCAUUGGUGCUGCUGGAUACAACACCGUCAUCUAUACUGGAACUUUCGGUGUGACCCAGCUGCGUGAUCAGAACAACCGCUUUGUCGACAUCUACCUGGUGCCUGAGCGUAACCAGAUCCCCGUACCACUCUACUUCUACAAGGUCGCAUAUGAUGCGUCUCGGAGACUUGGUACUGCAUUCAUUAGCAUCAACAAUCCGUACUACACGUUGGCGGAGUGUCGCGCUCGUCAGUUCUGCACGGACCGCUGCCGCAACAACAGCGCGUUCAACUGGCUCCGCUGGCAACCUGACCGCAUUGACAUCGGCUACAGCUUCUGCUGUACCGUUGACGACUUCAGGAGAACUAUUCCUCAUCUACCUUCCUUCUCAACCAAUGGACUCCUAACAUGA